UUACACAUGUCUGCGUUUUCACGUGGGCAAUAUUUAUACCGCUGAAAUGUCUUCAAAGAAGAAUAAAAGCAAGUCAAAGAGGACCAGUGAAGCAGAAAACUCGGGCGUGCAGGAUUCCGAGGGCCGAAGCUGCAACUCCUUCACUGUCAACGACUUCUCUGUAAAAGCUGACGACAAAACGCCCAAAUGCUGCAGAUCCACUUUAGCCCAACUCGGCCUGAACUCCAUGAAGUCGGCAGGCGUUUGCAUCGGGAGGCCGGUCCUGCUGACCAGCCCCGCCGGCCUACAGGAGGUGUGCCUGGGCUGGCCCGUCGCUGCGUUUCCAGGGGGAAGGGUCGGCCUGCAGAAGUUUGCUCAGAACAACCUGAGAGUGAAACCAGGGGACUGUGUGACGCUGCAGCCGCUGACGGGCCCGGUGCUUCAGGCUGAAGAGGUGGUUCUCUCCAACAGGUCAAAGGAUGAAACACUAGAGACGGAUGAGUUCAAGAACUUCUUUCUAAGGUCUUUGGCGGGGAACAUCGUCCUGCCGGGGAAUGUUCUCCCUCUGAGCUACUUCGGCCGCUCCUGCAGUCUGAGAGUGGAGUCGGUGAGAGGAGAGGACGGCGUCACCCUCGGGAGACCGGACCGUCCCCCGGGAGCGGGACCAGACCCGGAGGAGUCGUCUGUGACGAGCUCUGCGCUGGACUCCACAUCCGCUGACCUCUCGCUGCAGUUCAGCAGCCUGACUGUGGACGACAGCCACGACGGGACCCCAGGCACGCCUGGAGGGCCCGGUCCGGUGGCCAGCACCCCCCGCAGGCCGGACCCCCUCCACCUCCUCCCCUCAUCCCCUCCUCCCUGCACUGCUUCGUCUGACGCCCAGAAUCCUAUGGAGGUAGAUUUGUACACAAAUCUACCUCCAUAGAAUCCCCUCAGCCCGGAGCCCGUCCUCAGCUCUGAGCAGCCUGAGCCGCCCACAGCGCCCUCUGCUGCUUUCCUGAGCAGCGACACCUUCUACCGCCUCUCCUCCUCCACCAAGGUCUGUUUCCAGAGCAGAGCAGGGCAGAAAGAUGCCGACGCUCAGAAGUCAAAGGUCACGUACGGCAUGAUCGGGGGACUCAGCGACCAGUUGGACGUCAUCAGAGAAACCAUCGAGCUUCCUCUGACGCGCCCCGAGCUGUUCUCCAGCUACGGGAUCCCCCCUCCCAGAGGAGUCCUGCUCUACGGGCCCCCGGGCACGGGGAAGACCAUGAUCGGACGAGCCAUCGCCAACGAGGUCGGAGCGCACAUGGUCGUCAUCAACGGCCCAGAGAUCAUGAGCAAGUUCUACGGUGAAACCGAAGCAAGGUUGAGACAAAUAUUCACUGACGCAGCCCAGAGGCAGCCGGCCAUCAUCUUCAUCGAUGAGCUGGACGCUUUGUGCCCGAAGCGAGACGGAGCUCAGAACGAGGUGGAGAAGCGAGUCGUGGCCACUCUGCUGACGCUCAUGGACGGGAUCGGCUCGGAGGGUCAUUCGGGCCAGCUGCUGGUCCUGGGCGCCACCAACCGACCGCAGGCGCUGGACCCGGCGCUGCGCAGGCCGGGCCGCUUCGACAAGGAGCUGGAGGUGGGCGUCCCCAGCAGCGCCGAGCGGGCUGAUAUUCUGCAGAAGCAGCUGAGCCGGGUGGCGUGUGACGCCACCGCUGAGGAGCUGAGCCGGCUGGCAGACGCCGCUCACGGCUACGUGGGAGCAGACCUGGCAGCCGUCUGCAAGGAAGCAGGUCUCCGUGCCCUGAAGCGAGCACUGGGCGGCUCCCAGCAACCGGCGUCGGACCAGCAGCUGAUGGGGACGGUGACGGUCACGCUGCAGGACCUGCAGUGGGCCAUGUCCGCCGUGAAGCCCAGCGCCAUGAGGGAGGUCGCUAUCGACGUGCCCAAGGUCCGCUGGUCGGAUGUGGGCGGGAUGGCGGAGGUGAAGCUGAAGCUGAAGCAGGCCGUGGAGUGGCCGCUGAGACACCCCGAGGCCUUCACUCGCAUGGGAAUCCAACCGCCGAGAGGAGUGCUGCUCUACGGGCCCCCGGGCUGCUCCAAGACCAUGAUCGCCAAGGCUCUGGCUAAUGAAAGCGGGCUCAACUUCCUGGCUAUAAAAGGGCCAGAAUUACUGAGCAAGUACGUUGGAGAGUCUGAACGCGCCGUCAGGGAGGUGUUUCGGAAAGCGAGGGCGGUCGCUCCCUCCAUCGUCUUCUUUGAUGAGAUUGAUGCUCUGGCCGGCGAAAGAGGAAGCUCCUCAGGUUCUGGCGGCGUAGGCGACCGGGUGUUGGCUCAGCUCCUGACAGAGAUGGACGGCAUCGAGCAGCUCCGAGACGUCACCGUGCUGGCCGCCACCAACCGGCCCGACAUGAUCGAUAAGGCUCUGAUGCGCCCGGGUCGCCUCGACCGCAUCGUCUACGUUCCCCUCCCGGACGCUCCCACCCGGCGGGAGAUCUUCUCUCUGCAGUUCUGCCAAAUGCCCGUGGCCGAAGACGUGUCCGUCGACGAUCUGACGUCUCGAACCGACAAGUACUCCGGAGCCGAGAUAACGGCAGUAUGCAGAGAGGCCGCCCUCCUGGCCCUACAAGAGGACAUCAAAGCCCAGCGCAUCCAGGCCAGACACUUUGAAAGCGCCCUGAACGCUGUGAAGCCCCGGAUCCCCGACUCUCUCAUCCAGUCGUAUAUCAGCUACCAGCAGCAGCACGGCAGCUCCAGCUUCUCCUGACCACACCGCUGCAGCCGCUCCCUCUUUACCGCCGUCUCUGCAACGGCAGGGAGGGUUUCAGUUGUAUAAAUGUAGGAAUAUUGACCCUUUUAAAACAAAUAUGCAAUCUUACACAAGUAUUGUUCCUAAACUGUUGCUGCGAAAUAAA